AUGGCAUCUUCAGGUGCGGCAGCCCGAGUGCGGGAGCCGCCCGACUUCUUCGUCAGGUCGUGCUUCGUUACUUCUCGGGCGCGGGCGUCUCCCUUGCCAACAUUGGCCUCUUGGGUGUGCUACUCGGAGCAGCAGCUGGUGGUCUACUCGCUCGGAUUGGCGGUCCUCGCCGUGUUGCUGCCUCUCUUCGUGGAGGUCUCGGUCGCAUCGAACAGUGACGGCGGGCAUCGUGUUAGCGUCGCCAGGAGAGUUGAGGCGGAACCCUGGGACAAGCUAUCGGUGCUGAGGGCCAAGGUGUCGCAAGUCACCGGGUUCGUUGGGCUCAAGGAGACGUCGCUCGUGAGGGUGCAGGGCGACCAGUUCGCGAAGUUCGAUGGCCGCGACUUCACCAACUUAGGCUCGGUCGUCGUGGCGCUCGAGUGCUUCAAGGUGGACGCUUUCGGCGGCUACUUCGCGGGCCGCAAGUUCCCUCUCUUGGCGGGCCUAGGUGUUACUCACUCGCUCGAUGAUCGUGAUGGAGACCCUGGGUCGCCCGUGGGGCGCUACGCGCUGCUGGGGGACUUUGCGUGUCUGCAGCUCCCUGGGGCAGGUGAGGGGCCUGACAAGACGUGGGGAGAGGUCGCGAGCACGCUUGCGGAGAAGUCCAAAGCUUUCACCCGCAGAGUGCGCGUCUGGGUGGUCUCGGUCAAGGAGAUGGUUGAGGACGCCUUCUUGGCCUGUGCCGUGGAUGGUGCACGGGCUCUCCUGUGGUUGAAGACAUCGUUGAUUCAGCUGGGGAUGGUGCCCACGUUCUGGUUCACGCGCCAUCACCUGACGGCGCGUUGCAGUGAGAACGAUCGCUCCUCUCAAGAGGUGCGGGAGAUGGAGGGGGUUUUCGAGCUGGCUGCCUCGCACGAUUGGUGCAACGCCUUUUCGCUCGCGGUCUCCUUGAAGUCGGGGCGGAGAGGGCAGUUUGAACCAGAGGCUCAUGGUAAGAACCAGAUGAUCCCGAUCCACGAGAUGGCCGACAUGUUCUCGUGCUGCAACCGCCGAAGUCAGUUUGCGGUGCCUGAGCCCUGCACCUACGCGGCCAAGGUGGUACAAGAGUGGGCGGAUAUCGUCAGACAGACCAGCAAGGCCGAGGCUUCGAAGGACGAGGCCGAGGUCGCCCUCGAGCGUGGUAUUACCGCAGGGAAGGGCAAGGACAAUGAGGAGGACAAGGGGGUCCAGGACAGAAAGCUGCUUCAGGACUUGGUCUCCCAGGAGGACAGGGAGGCGGUGGUGAACUUCAAGGAGGGCAUGAUGAGAGAUGUGAAGGAAGUGAUGCAGAUGAGAGACUACGGCGAGUGUAUUAAACCAUAUUUUGAUCAGAAGCUUCGCACUCGACGGCACGAGUACGUUCGCUUUUUAAAGAUGUUGCACAGGCGUGGUCUGAUCAGGCGUCUGGGAUGGAAAGCUCCGUGGCGGUGGGGGACAGAGGGCGGCCUCGCCAUAGGUAAGGGCUCCGCGCCCGUCUUUUACGUGUAUGUGGACAACGUGGGGGUCUUGGGAGCUGACGAGAAAGAGGUCCAGAAGUCCCUGGAAAACAUCAGAAACGUUCUUAACGCCAACAAGAUGCAGUGCCGCGAAGUUCAGGAGGCUGGGCAGGUAACUGGAAAAGCCCUUGAGGUUCUUCUGGGACAUUGUACCUACCUCGCUAUGCUACAGCGCCCUUUACUCUCCUGCUUCGCCUCGGUCUACAAGUUCGCUCGGAGGUGCCGGCACUCUUGGGCUCCAUUGUGGGCGACGGCGCAUGAAGAGCUCGAGGCGUUCCUCUACCUCAUGCCCCCUAUCCGCUCGGACUGGUGGGUCCCGAGUGAGUUCAACAUCUCCGACAAGCCUUCGAGGGGCCCUGUACUUUUGGACGGGGCGGAGGGGGGGUCCAGCCGCCCGGACGAUUUGGACGGCGCGACUUCGGAGGAGGAUGGCAACCCGUCCGUGCAGGAACGCAUGCUGGAGUGCGAGCCCCUCCAUGCGAAGAUGGCAAAGGAUCCAGGUAUGCGACGCGUUUUGGUGCCAGGACGAAGCUCGGCAGGAGAUCGAACCUGGACACAGCGUCGAGAGUCAUAUCUAAGUCUGGUCGCAUGCGUCGACGAGUGCAGGCUGGACACCGACAAAGUGCAGGACUCCAAUGUGGACGCCGUCGACUUCAUGACCCACAGGUGUAUGCUGGGCUUCGAGGCGGGCGUCGACCAGAGGUGGAUCGAUGCCUUUUUGCUCUUCCUCCCUCGUUUCGGCGUCCCUGCCCCGCCGACUAUGAGGGCCGACGCUAUGUGGCGCGGGCAUGCGCACAGGUCAGACCUCCACCAGGGCUCGAAGGACCGGCUGUCCGCCUUUGUCGACCCCCUCGAGGACCGGCCGGUGAGCAGGCUGUCCACCUAUGUCGACCCCCUCGAGGACCGGCCAGUGAGCAGGGGCGGCGACGUUGUCGAGCCCCUCGAGGAGAGGCCGAUCAGCAGGCGCUCCGUGCCGCUGGGCUGGGUCGGCGAGGCCGACUGCGGCGGCGCCGCGCCCUCGCCGCGGCGCCUCGGCGCCGACGCGGCGGGGCCCGCAGCGCCCGCGGCGGCGCGGCCCGCUGCCGCUGCCGCCGCGGCGCCGGGUGGCGACGCGGCGGGCGUGCGCCAGGCGCUGGAGAGCCUCAGGUUGUCAACCGACAGGGCGACCGACAGGUCGGUGCUCACGUCGAAGCAGGAGGAGGCGGCGGAAGCGAUAUCGAAGCUCCGCAGCGCUCGGACCGGCUAUCUCAAGAACGAGAGCAAGAAUUGGGUUCGCAGCCUCGUGCCGACCAGCCGCAAGCAGGAGGGGCCCAGAAGUCUGGCUAAGGGGCUGACCAGCGCUCUGGCGUUCCAGCCGAAGCAGAGCACCACGUCGGAGGGGGAGAAGCGAGCGUUCAUCCCGAGGUUGGUGAGGCGCCCUACCUACGAACUCGCCCGGGCCACGCUGACAGUCCUGGACGCGGUGCUCGUCGUCUGGGAGAUGCAGUACGCAUCGCAGCAAGUGGCCUCUGGCAUGCAGAACGGCAUCCACGAUGCCCUCGCUUUCACCAUGCUUCUGGACAUGUCCUGUGCGCUCUUCCUGACUGACCUCCUCCUGAGGUACAGGGCGGGCCAGUUCGACCCGACCGUCUCUGCCGGGCAAGGCUGGCGGCACUUCCACAUCGCCGUCGUGAUGGCGCAGUUGCUGCAGGCCAUCGGGCAGCACUGGCACAAGCACCGGAGGUCCUCCUCGCAGCUGAGGGUGGUCCUGGCCAUGCUCUCCACGCUCCGCCUGGCCAGGGUGCUGUCGCUGGUGCUAGUGACCAAGCUCAUUCGCCAGCAUCCGUUUUUCAGGGAGCUGAGAAUCAUGGUGCACUCGCUCACCGGUGCGGUGAAGGCAUUGCUCUGGUCGGGCUUGCUGAUCUUCACGAUCCUCCUCAUCUUCGGCACAGUGCUGUCCGAGGGGGCGGUGGCCUUCCUGGUGCAGAAUGGCCUCCCCGAGGGGGACACGGUUGAGAUGCUGCAGGAUCGAUUCGGUUCGCUCUUCGACGCCGUGAUAACGCUCUUCCAGGCGAUGUCUGGCGGCAUCGACUGGGACGUCGUCUGGCAAAACCUAGAUGUCAUCGGUUGGGGGUACAAGGCAGUGUUCCUGCUCUUCGUUUGCUUCUCCCUGCUGACGUUGCUCAACGUGGUCACUGCUGUUUUCAUCGAAAGCACGAUGGCCCGCUCCAAGAGCGACCGCGGCCUGGUGGUGCAGAAUGAGCUCAUGGCAAAGAAGGACUUCCUCCAGACCAUGAGAGAGAUCUUUCAGGAACUGGACGUUGACGAGGACGGUGACAUCACAGAGGAGGAGAUGCGGAGACGAAUGCAGGUUCCAGAGAUUGGUGCCUACUUCAGCCAGCUGGGCGUGGAUUCUGAUGAGGUGGGCAAGCUCUUCCUCCUCCUUGACCACGACCAGUCGGGCCGUCUCGACCCCGAGGAGUUCAUGUUCGGCUGCCUCAAGCUCCGGGGCGCGGCGAAGAGCCUCGACGUCGCCAUGCUGCACCGGGAGGUCCAGUGGAUCCACGAGGUUCUCGAGAUCGCGGUGCCGCUGAUACAGAAGUCCUCCAGCUUCGCCGUCACUGACACUGAAAGGUCACAGCUCCACGACUUCACUGUGCCGUCCAUGGUCCCGCCGGACGCGCCGAGCGACGCGGGCAUCCCGACCUUCAGCUAUGUGGUCCAGGAUCUCGUCAGCAGCGAGACCGAGGAUGUCGCAGCCCACUGA